UUCAUUCGGCCCUUCCUUUAGAUCGGAGUGUGUAGUGAAUCGCAGCGAGAAGUCAAACGAGAGAAAAAUGGCAGGUUACUUAAAAGCCAUCAGCUCUCUGACUAGAUCUGCCGCCGCUUUGUCCAAAAACCCUGCCAUUCUCGCGCCUGCAACUUGCCAGAGCUUGCAACAGAGGAACUAUGCUGACAAACGAAUCAAAGUGGCCAAUCCUGUGGUGGAGAUGGAUGGAGAUGAGAUGACCAGGAUUAUCUGGGAGUUCAUCAAAGAGAAGCUCAUCCUGUCAAACGUGGAUGUGGAGCUGAAAUAUUACGACCUUGGCCUUCCUUACCGCGAUCAGACCGACGACCAGGUCACCAUCGACUCUGCCUUAGCCACCAAGAAAUACCACGUCGCAGUGAAAUGUGCCACUAUCACUCCGGAUGAAGCCAGGGUCGAAGAAUUCAAAUUGAAGAAGAUGUGGAAGAGCCCUAAUGGAACCAUCAGGAACAUUCUCGGCGGUACUGUCUUCCGUGAGCCAAUCAUCUGCAAGAACAUUCCCAGGCUUGUUCCUGGUUGGACGCAGCCCAUCACGAUUGGCAGACAUGCUUUUGGUGACCAGUACAGGGCAACAGACUUCGUUGUGGACCAGCCAGGCAAAUUUAAGAUCAUUUUUACUCCUGCUGAUGGAAGCAAAGCCAAGGAGUGGGAAGUGUAUGAUUUCCCAGGUGGUGGCUGUGGAAUGGGAAUGUACAACACUGAUGAGUCCAUCACUGGGUUUGCUCACAGCUGCUUCCAGUAUGCCAUUCAGAAGAAAUGGCCCCUCUACAUGAGCACCAAGAACACCAUCCUGAAGGCCUACGAUGGCCGAUUCAAGGACAUCUUCCAGGACAUCUUUGAGAAGAACUACAAGCCAGAGUUUGACAAGCUGAAGAUCUGGUAUGAGCACAGACUUAUUGAUGACAUGGUAGCCCAGGUCCUGAAGUCCUCCGGUGCCUUUGUGUGGGCCUGCAAGAACUACGACGGAGAUGUCCAGUCUGACAUCCUGGCUCAGGGUUUUGGCUCGCUGGGGCUGAUGACCUCUGUGUUGGUGUGUCCUGACGGAAAGACCAUCGAGGCUGAGGCAGCCCAUGGCACUGUCACUAGACACUACCGUGAACACCAGAAGGGAAGGCCAACCAGCACCAAUCCCAUUGCUAGCAUCUUUGCCUGGACCAGGGGGCUGGAACACCGUGGCAAAUUGGAUGGAACUCCUGACCUCAUUAAGUUCUCCCAGACUCUGGAGCGUGUGUGUGUGGAGACAGUGGAGAGUGGGGUGAUGACCAAGGAUUUGGCUGGCUGCAUUCAUGGUCUAGCCAAUGUCAAGCUCAACGAGCAUUACGUUAACACCACCGACUUCUUAGAUGCCAUCAGGAAGAAUCUGGACAAAGCCCUGGGCAAAUGAAGGACUGAAGACUGAGUCUCUCAUUUUUUUGUACCUCAUUUUUAAAUUAAAGGUCAUGAUAACCACAAGCAUCAUGUAUGAAGGGAGAAGUCUAAAAACCUAGUGAAGUCUGUAGCAUGUUUUUAGCAAUCCUGUUGUUGGUGCCAUCAAAAUAGACUCCCAUCACCCACCUUUCCCCAACAACUCCAAGGUUCUAUUUUUGUAAGAUGAAGUACUGUAUGUCCUAUAAUAUAUAUUACCAUACAAAAACAAAUGGAAAAAAAAAAAAAAAAGAAUGCAAGGGCCAUUUUGAGAACC